AUGUCUAAAGCAAUUUACAUAUCCCCAAUUGACGGCAAACCUGGCAAGCCAGGUCAAGUCUACUACCCGCUCUCCCUACGCACUGUGCCCAAGCCUUCCCCGCAAGGGGGUGAACUACUGGUAAAACUGACCGCCGCCGCGCUCAACCACCGCGACCUCUUCCUCCGCCAACACCUCUACCCCGGUGUGACCUUUGAUGUACCCCUGCUCGCAGACGGAGUCGGUACGGUUGUCGGUGCUGGCCCGAACGUCCCCAGCCCAGAAAAAUGGCAAGGCAAGCGAGUGAUCUUGAAUCCCGGUGCUGGCUGGAAGGAUUCGCCCGAUGGACCGGAGGAUCCUGCUGGAUACCGAAUUAUGGGAGGUACCAAGGUGCUGGAUAAGGGCACAUUGCAGGAAUAUAUUACUAUCGAGUACUCGGAGGUCGAGGAGGCCCCUGAGCAUCUCUCUGAUGCCGAGGCUGCAGCUCUGCCCCUGACGGGCUUGACGGGGUGGAGAGCUCUGAUUACCAAGGCUGGUGAGAGAAACUCUGGAGAUGGUGCUGCUGUCUUGGUGACUGGAAUUGGUGGUGGUGUGGCUCUGAUGGUGCUGCGGUUUGCUGUUGCCAGAGGUGCGCAUGUCUUUGUGACAAGCUCGAGCCAGGAGAAGAUUCAGAAGGCCGUUGAGCUAGGUGCGACCGGUGGUGUUAGCUACAAGGAAGAUGGAUGGGAAAAGAAGCUGUUGGGUAUGCUUCCAGCUGGGAAGAGGAACUUCGAUGCCAUCAUUGAUGGUGCAGGUGGUGAUUCUAUUGAGAAAUCUGUCAAGUUGCUCAAGGCGGGCGGCGUCCUCUCUAUUUAUGGAAUGACUGUGUCUCCUAAGAUGCCAUUUACCAUGGCUGCUGUCCUCAAGAACAUCGACGUCCGCGGUUCCACAAUGGGCUCCCGGAAGGAGUUCAAGGAGAUGAUUGAGUUCGUGAAUGCUAAGAAGAUUCGCCCUGUAGUGUCGCGAGUUUUGCAGACUGAGUUAGAUGACUUGUCCGCAAUUGACGGGCUAUUCGAAGACAUGAAAAAGGGCACGCAGUUCGGCAAACUGGUGAUUGAGUUUGGCAAGUCUUCAGGCAGUAAGCUGUGA